AUGAAUCUUGGCAGACUUCGGAAGCGAGUGCGCCAGUACAUUGAUCAGCAACAGUAUCAAAGCGCUCUUUUCUGGUCCGACAAGAUAGCAUCUUUAUCCCAUGAGGACCCUCAAGACAUUUACUGGCUCGCUCAGUGCCUUUAUCUGACCUCCCAGUACCAUAGAGCCUCACACGCGAUACGAUCGCGUAAACUUGACAAGAUAUUUGGAGCAUGUCAGUAUCUUGCUGCUAGAUGCCACUAUGCUGCAAAAGAGUUCCAGCAGGCCUUGGAUAUUUUGGAUGUGGAGGAGCCAGUCAGCAAGAAGCUGCUUGAAAAGGAUGGGAAGGAGGAGACUGUGACACCAGACUGGGGCAUGUCCACAGCUGCAAUUAAUAGCUCCAUCUGCCUCCUGCGGGGUAAAAUAUAUGACGCUAUGGAUAACCGUCCUUUAGCCACAUCGAGUUACAAAGAAGCCUUGAAACUGGAUGUAUACUGCUUUGAAGCCUUUGACCUUCUCACUGCCCACCACAUGCUGACUGCACAGGAAGAAAAAGAUUUCCUGGACUCCCUCCCUUUGAAUGAGCAGUGCACAGACGAAGAGGAGGAGUUGUUACAUUUUUUAUUUGAACAUAAGUUAAAAAAAUACAAUAAGCCUAGCGAGUUGGUUGUCCCUGAAAUGGUCAAUGGUCUUCAAGACAAUUUAGAUGUUGUUGUUUCUCUUGCGGAGCGGCAUUAUUACAAUUGUGAUUUCAAGACCUGCUUCAAGCUCACAUCAAUGGUAAUGGUUAAAGAUCCCUAUCAUGCAAACUGCUUACCCGUUCACAUAGGAACCUUAGUAGAGCUUGGAAAGUCUAAUGAGUUAUUUUAUCUGUCUCAUAAACUCGUGGACCUGUAUCCAAAUAAUCCUGUUUCCUGGUUUGCGGUUGGCUGCUAUUAUCUCAUGGUUGGCCAUAAAAAUGAACAUGCCCGGCGGUAUCUAAGCAAAGCCACCACACUUGAGCGGACCUAUGGUCCUGCCUGGAUCGCUUAUGGUCAUUCAUUUGCUGUAGAAAGUGAGCAUGAUCAAGCCAUGGCGGCGUACUUCACUGCUGCUCAACUAAUGAAAGGGUGUCACUUACCAAUGUUGUAUAUUGGUCUGGAGUACGGUCUAACAAACAACUCUAAACUUGCGGAGCGCUUCUUUAGUCAGGCUCUUGGUAUUGCCCCAGAGGAUCCAUUUGUCAUUCAUGAGGUGGCGGUGGUUGCUUUUCAGAAUGGAGAUUGGAAAACAGCAGAACGGUUAUUUCUUGAUGCAAUGGAAAAAAUUAAAGCUAUUGGCAAUGAAGUAACUGUUGAUAAAUGGGAACCAUUGCUGAACAACUUGGGUCACGUGUGUCGAAAACUCAAGAAGUAUGACCGUGCUCUUGAGUACCACCGACAGGCACUGGUUUUAAUACCACAGCACGCGUCCACGUAUGCAGCCAUUGGAUAUGUCCACAGCCUGAUGGGAGACUUUGAGAGCGCUAUUGACUAUUUCCACACGGCACUUGGACUAAAAAGAGAUGACACUUUCUCGGUAACGAUGCUUGCUCACUGUAUUGAGAUGUACAUUGGAGACACAGAUGCUUAUGUUGCCACAGAUAUCGAUGACAAAGCAAAAAGCAGCCUGAACACACCUGCCCUGAUGAAGAUGCUGUCUACCACGGGUGAAUUUCCUGCCUCGGAUACGCCGAGGCAGGAAGAGGCAGAAAACACAAACGCUAUGUCCUUGACACCAGUGUCCAAUCAAGACAAUGUGAUGUUGGAGACGCCUCUGCGGCUGUCGCUGACCCUGGAGUGUGACAUGUAUGAAAGUGACAUGAUGUUGGACACCUUGUCAGACACAAGCACGUGA